AUGGCGCAGGAUCCAACAGACAACGCUGCGGCGGCAGCGCCCAAGAAGGAGGGACAGAAACUGUACCUCUGGUCCCGGUCCAGCCAGGGACAUGUCGGAGAGGGCGCCCCGGGCUCGGAGUCGACGACUGCCGCAACAGCAGCAGCCGGAGCAACGCCGACAACACCGGAUCAGCAACAGAAGAAGCUCGACCCGACCGAGUUUCAGAACAACUUCCCGCCGCAGGAAGGCAACGCCCAGCAGGGGUAUCCGUCCAUCGGCGAAGCCGUCAAGUCCAUCAAGUCGGACGACUUCCUCACCGUCACAAAGACGCCGUGCGCGCGCGAUGGCUUCCUCACUGGUAUCGCCAGCGGUGCGGGCGUCGGAGGUCUGAGAUAUGUCAUGAGAGGUUCGCCCAUUAAGGCGGCAAACUGGGCUGUAGGCAGUUUCCUUGUGGGAUGCAUCGGACAGUAUGAGUACUGCCAGUACCUGCGGCGGCAGGAGCGCAUCAAGAUGAAGAGGACAGUCGAGGUCUACCAGGAGACCAUGGCGGAAAAGAGGCGCCGGGAGCUGGAGCAGCUCAAGCAGCAGCACGAGCUGAAGCAGCAGGCCGAGGAGGCGGCCAAGGCGAGCCGGAAGGCUUGGUACAAGUUCUGGUAA